CCGAAGCCGGAAGUUCUGCCGGGAUGGAGAAGGCGGGACGGUAGAGCCUGGGAGUGGACUGAGCUUCGCGGGAGCGGCGGAGGCUGCAAGGGGGGGGACCGUCCGGGCGCCGGCUUGGUGAAAAUGACAGCCAUCAAGCAUGCCUUACAGAGGGAUAUUUUCACUCCAAAUGAUGAGCGUUUACUGAGCAUUGUUAAUGUUUGCAAAGCAGGGAAAAAAAAGAGGAACUGCUUCUUAUGUGCUACAGUGACAACUGAACGCCCAGUGCAGGUGAAGGUGAUCAAGGUAAAAAAAUCCGAUAAAGGUGACUUCUACAAGAGGCAGAUUGCAUGGGAGCUUCGGGAUCUGACUGCUGUUGACGCCAAGGAUGCCAUCAAAGAAAGUUCUGAAUUUGAUCUGCAUUUUGACAAAGUAUAUAAAUGGGUUGCUAGCAGUAUAGCAGAAAAGAAUACUUUUAUUUCGUGUAUUUGGAAACUCAAUCAGCGGUAUAUUAGAAAGAAAAUUGACUUCAUCAAUGUUAGUUCUCAGCUUCUGGAAGAAUCUGUUCCCAGUGGUGAAAACCAGAAUGUGGGAGGAACAGACGAAGAGGCGGUGGAUGAAUAUCAAGAAUUAAAUGCUAGAGAAGAGCAAGAUAUUGAAAUAAUGAUGGAAGGCUGUGAAUAUGCUAUCUCUAAUGCAGAAGCUUUUGCAGAUAAGUUGUCUAGAGAGCUACAAGUUCUUGAUGGGGCAAACAUCCAGUCGAUUAUGGCCUCUGAGAAACAGGUGAACAUUUUGAUGAAAUUGCUGGAUGACGCUCUGAAAGAAGUGGACCAAAUCGAAUGGAAGCUGAGCAGUUACGAGGACAUGCUCCGGAGUGUGAAAGAACAAAUGGAUCAGAUUUCAGAAAGCAACCAUCUAAUUCAUCUCAGCAACACAAACAACCUAAAACUGCUGUCGGAGAUAGAGUUCCUUGUUAACCACAUGGACUUGGCCAAGGGCCACAUCAAGGCCCUCCAAGAAGGAGACCUCUCCUCUUCACGCGGCAUUGAGGCUUGCACAAAUGCAGCAGAUGCACUUCUACAAUGCAUGAAUGUAGCUCUUCAGCCAGGACAUGAAUUGCUUCAAGCGGUCAAUCAACAACAGCAGCGAUUUAGUGACCUGCGUGAGCUGUUUGCCCGAAGACUAGCCAGCCAUCUCAACAACGUCUUUGUUCAACAGUUUAUUGAACUGGAGAAAGGUCUGAGUAACAGGGCCUACUAUCUUUCAGUUUCUGGCCAUGACCAGAGCUCCACCCUUGCUCAGCACUCUGCGGAGCUGACCUUGCCAAACCAUCACCCUUUUCACCGAGACCUGCUCCGGUAUGCCAAACUUAUGGAGUGGUUAAAGAACACGGAUUAUGGGAAAUAUGAAGGGCUGACAAAGAACUAUAUGGAUUAUUUAUCACGCUUGUACGAUCGAGAAAUAAAGGACUUCUUUGAAGUUGCCAAGAUUAAAAUGACAGGCGCAACCAAGGAAGGAAAGAAGUUUGCCACUCUGCCUCGAAAAGAAAGUGCUGUCAAACAGGAAACAGAGAGCCUUCACGGAAGCUCUGGGAAAUUGACCGGCUCAACAUCUAGCUUAAACAAACUCUCCGUUCAGAGUUCAGGAAGCCGUAGAUCUCAGUCAUCCUCGUUGCUAGAUAUGGGAAACAUGUCCGCUUCUGACCUUGAUGUGGCAGAUAGGACUAAGUUUGAUAAGAUUUUUGAACAGGUCUUGAGUGAAUUAGAGCCACUUUGUCUGGCAGAACAGGACUUUAUUAGUAAAUUCUUCAAACUUCAACAGCAUCUCAGCAUUCCUGGAACACCCGUGAGUGAUACUGAGGAGACGGAUGGAGGAAUUUCAACAAGACCACACAAUAUUGGUGGGCUGCAAUCAGCAUAUUCAGAGAAUCAUAUGAUCCGGCAAAUGAUGAUAAAAAUAUUUCGCUGUGUGGAACCAGAACUGAAUAACCUCAUUGCUCUGGGCGACAAGAUUGACAGCUUUAAUUCCCUCUAUAUGCUAGUGAAAAUGAGUCAUCACGUGUGGACCGCGCAAAAUGUGGAUCCAACGUCCUUCCUCAGCACAACUCUUGGAAAUGUUUUAGUGACUGUCAAACGAAACUUCGAUAAAUGCAUUAGUAAUCAGAUAAAGCAGAUGGAAGAUGUAAAGAUAUCCAAGAAGAGCAAAGUUGGAAUCCUUCCUUUCGUUGCUGAAUUUGAAGAGUUCGCAGCUUUGGCUGAAUCUAUAUUCAGAAAUGCUGAACGCAGAGGAGAUCUGGAUAAAGCUUACCUGAAACUUAUUCGCGCAGUUUUUGCUAAUGUUGAGAAAGUAGCAAAUGAAAGCCAAAAGACUCCUCGGGAUGUGGUUAUGAUGGAGAACUUUCACCAUAUCUUUGCAACGCUCUCUCGUUUGAAGAUCUCCUGUCUAGAGGCCGAGAAAAAGGAAGCUAAGCAGCAAUACACAGAUUACUUACAGUUAUAUGUGAUCUACUCUUUGGGACAGCCGCUUGAGAAAUUAAAUCACUUCUUUGAGGGUGUGGAAGCCCGUGUGGCUCAAGGAGUGCGAGAAGAGGAAGUGAGCUACCAGCUGGCCUUCAGUAAACAAGAGCUAAGAAAGGUUAUUAAAGAGUAUCCUGGCAAAGAAGUCAAAAAGGGAUUGGACAACCUUUAUAGAAAGGUGGACAAACAUCUGUGUGAAGAAGAAAACCUACUGCAGGUGGUAUGGCAUUCCAUGCAAGAUGAAUUCAUAAGGCAAUACAAGCAUUUCGAAGGCUUAAUAGCACGUUGCUAUCCUGGUUCUGGAAUUACUAUGGAAUUUACUAUUCAGGAUAUUUUAGAUUACUUCUCCAGCAUUGCACAGUCACACUGAAAUUUACCCGGCGCAAAACAAGCUCACAAAGUUGCUGGAAAGCAUCACUGACACUGGAAGUUGUCAUUUUGAGGAAUGGCAGGGUGUUCUUAAUUAUCUUCAUACAUAUCAGCAGCUGGCUUAGGCCAGCUUUCCUCAAUGUAACUGCUGUAGUAUAUAAAAUUGGAUUACAGUUCUGAGAAAUCACAGCAGGAUUGUCCUUGGGCCUACUGGCUAAGAAUUAUGAUCCAGUCCAUUCAGUUGGAAAGUUGGCCUAGGUAAAAAUACUGCCUAAUUGUUGGAUAAAGAGUGUUGAACUGUACAUUUUCACAUGUAAGCGGCAUGUCAAAUGUAUAUUUAUUAUACUAACUUCAUCUGCUUUCCUAAUCCUUUACUUUUAGAAAUCAGUAAGUAUAGAUAUUGUAUCAACAUCUGGUGUUUUCCCCCCCUUGAAAGUGCAUGUUAAUAUAUAGAUUAAUAAGAUGGCUGAGUUUCUGAGAAUUAAUUUACAAGAUUAUGUAAUUGCAGCUCUUUUGAAGUAUAUAAAAAAGCUCUUUACAAAAAAAGUACUUAUUUCCUGGGGGAGAUUAUUAGCGGUGCCUCAGCGUGGCACAAAGGAAAAAAUGCUUUAUUUCUCCAGAAACACCCAGUGAUUGAAGUGAAUGUUCAGUGCAUUGAUUGAGGCUUCCUUGGCAACUCUGAAAUUUUUAGAUUUAGGCCAUCAUAACUAAAUCUGUUUGAAUGGGUUAGGGUUAGAAACAAAAACGCAAGAUACUACUCUUCUGUAAAAGAACUGUUGAAACUCAACUUAUCUUUUCUAGGUUAUGUCCUAAUAUUUAACCUUUUAACUCACAUGACACAGAAUUCACUUGCCAAUGUAUUUAUCUAUCUCAGUUUCUUCCUCACUGUUUUUGCUCAAGCUAUUUUGGAUAUCUUGAGUCGAUAAGGAUUUCAGGUGCUGUGGAAAUUAGGUUUUCUCACCUACUGGUUUUAUUACUGGUGGAAAUGGUGUGGAAACUGGACUACCUCUUUGCAGAACUUCUUUCUAUUUAGUAGUAGCAAGAAAGGAAUUUGUAGAAAUGUUUGGCUUGUUCCUUCCCACAAAGCUGUUUUUUCACCAUGUACUAUACAAUGAGCAUAUGAAGAAAGCAACCUGAACUAGCAUGUGAUGGUAACAGUUGUCAUGCUAUUUGACCACACUACAAACACAAAUGAUAAUGUGUACCUUGCUUUCAAAGAGUCAAUAUGCCAUGUCACCCUCCCCGAGGAACUCAACAUGUACCUUUCUAAUUCUUAGGCCUAAGAACCAUUUGUUUAUAUUCUAUUUUAGUUGUGUAGCUUCAGUUUGUUGGCCCUCAGACCAUCCUGUAUCCAGGCAAAUGUUAAAUACUUGUACAGCCUUUCCUGAUUCAAGUGAAAAGGAGAAAGUGCGUUGGAGAAUGAAACGUGAAUAAAUGUUACCAUGCCGAUCACGCUGUAUCUAUUGGUCCUGC